UUCGUCGAUACAUCCAUGGUUCUAUCAUCAACAAACGAAUGGCUCUAUAAUCAGAUGCAACUUGACGAUAUAAUUCAAGCGCUCUCAAAAUGUUCCGGCGAGCACAAGUGUGCUCUCAUUUCAUGGCCUCAUCUUGUAGACGACAGCCAGAAGAUGCUUUCAAAUCUGCCACUCAACGCUUAAGGGUCUCAAAGAGAAGCAUGCAAGCCUCAACACCACCUCGUGACUGCUUUUUACGCAAGAAAUGACUGAUAUGACUAAUGACAGCCAUCAAGAUAAGGCGGUUAUCAACGGCACCGGUCUCCCUCCCGAGUUCGGCGACUGACAUGGCGAAUGUCGAUGCCACCUCGUGAACUGAGCAGACCGACAUAUACAACGCGAACCUACAGGCACAAGUACCAACGCAAGGAAAAGGACUUCCGGGGAGCGACAUCACAACAUGGCCCAAACCCUCCACAUAGCCAUUUUCAACACCGACAUCCCCGUCCCCGAGGUCUCCACAACCCGCGCCUCGUCCUACGGGCAGAUCUUCCACGCCCUGCUCAGCGCAGCAGCAACGCGCACACGACCCCACACAGUUAUCAAGUCCACAGAGUACGACACACGAAAACUAGAAUACCCCUCGACUCUGGACGACGUCGAUCUGAUCCUGAUAACCGGCUCCAUAAGCUCCGCAUACGACGACAUCCCCUGGGUGCACCAGCUGGAGCGCUAUAUCGUCGACGUGUACCGAGAUCACCCGCAGGUGAAAUGGUUCGGGUCGUGCUUCGGACACCAGAUCAUCGCGCAAGCAUUGCUGAAGCAGUAUUCUGUGCGCGUCGACGCCGAGCCACGCGGGUGGGAGGUCGGCGUCAAGAAGAUAGCCAUGGACGCUAGAUUCCGCUCCGAUUUUGCUAAGCUGGGCUUCGAGGUCCCGGAGAGUAUGAGGAUGCAGUUUGUGCACGGUGAUUUCGUGGUCGUGCCGGAUGUGGAUGCGCUGCCAGAUGGGUGGAGUGUGAUGGGAAGUACGCCGUGGUGUGCAAAUCAGGGGAUGAUGCAGGAGGGGAAGGUGCUCACGUUUCAGGGGCAUUUUGAAUUUGAUCGGUUUGUGAACGGGGAGACCAUCAAGACGUUCUUUGCGAGGAAGGCGCCAGAGUGGCUAGAGGAGAGCCUGAAGGCUGUAGAUGCCGAUGAUGAUGCUGAGUUGGCGGCGGAUAUGGUGCUGCAUUUUGCUAUGCAGAAGACCCCGGCUGAGCAGGGUAGGACAUAUGAGAGGGUUGGCGGGCUGGUUACGCCGCCUGAAGAAGUGUGAAGUAUUUGAAAUUGCUUGUAUCUACUUUACAUAGUAGACUAAAUCCACAAACGCAGAUCAUUGAAACGCUGCC